AUGGCACCUGGCAUCCUUACUAAUGACCUCAAUGAGGAACUUCACUACAGCGACUCUUCGCUCGAGGGAUAUGUCCACACACAAUCCCACGCUGCAAGGACGGGUGACACGGAUAAACUUAAGCCCCUCGCAAUUGUCGGGCUAGACUUCAGAUUCCCUGAAGAUGCUACCUCCACAGAGGGACUGUGGGAAAUGCUGUUGGAGAAGAGAUGUGCGAUGACAGAGUAUCCUAAGGAUCGCUUGGAGAUAGACUCUCUCUAUCACCCGGAUACUCAACGACGGGAUACCAUCGCAAAUCGUGGAGGCCACUUUUUGAAGGGGGACCUUGGCGAAUUCGAUGCAUCCUUCUUCUCCAUCUCGCCAGCUGAAGCAUCGGGAAUGGAUCCCCUUCAUCGCAUCUUGCUUGAGACAACAUACCGAGCCCUGGAAAAUGCCGGGAUACCGAUGGAGUCUAUCAAAGGGACCAAAACCUCCGUACACACGGGAUGCUUUACACAUGACUACGAGACGAUGAUGAACUCGGAUCCUUUGUUUAUGUCCAAGUACGCCGCGACUGGCACAGCACCGUCCAUGAUUGCGAACCGACUGAGCUGGUUUUUUGAUCUUGCGGGGCCUAGCAUCAGUGUGGAUACUGCUUGCUCCAGCAGUAUGGUUGCUUUUGAUCUUGCCUGUCAGGGUAUCUGGAAUGAGAACGCUACCAUGGGCAUAGUUGGUGGUUGCAAUCUAGUAUACACUCCUGAAAUGAACCUUGCACUCUCCAACAUGGGCUUUCUUUCUCCGGACAGUCUGUGCGUGAGCUUCGAUGCUUCCGGUAACGGGUACACGAGAGGAGAAGGCUUCGGAGUUCUGAUAGUUAAGCCCCUGGAAGAUGCCAUUCGCGAUGGUAACACUAUUCGUGCCAUUGUACGCUCGACAGGCUCUAACCAGGAUGGCCGGACACCCGGAAUUACCCAGCCCAGUCGAGAUGCACAGGAACGGUUGAUUAGAGAUACAUACGAAAAGGCAGGGUUAGAUAUGCAGGACACAAGAUAUGUGGAGGCUCAUGGCACAGGUACUGCCGUAGGCGAUCCUAUUGAGUCGGCAGCUAUCGGAGCUGCCUUUCGACGAUACCGUUCGGCCGACGACCCUUUAUAUAUCGGUGCGGUGAAGAGUAACAUCGGUCACCUUGAAGGUGCCAGCGGGAUCGCUGGCCUGAUCAAGACAAUUUUAGUCUUAGAGAAUGGUACAAUUCCACCAAUCGCGAAUUUCAAGACUUUGAACCCGAAGAUUGAUGCCGAAUACUUGAACCUUGAGUUUCCUAAAGAAGUCGUACCGUGGCCAACGACUGGCUUACGCCGUGCAAGCAUUAAUUCAUUUGGUUUUGGUGGUGCCAAUUCUCACGCAGUCCUCGAUGACGCUUAUAACUACCUUCGAAUCCACAGCUUGAAGGGCAAUCAUCGGACAGUGGCACAGCCUCCCACCAUUGAAGCGUUAAGGCAUCCCUCGAAAUUAGCUUUACAUCCUCUCAGUGACUCUACCUACCAUACAGUCCUUGGGAGUCAGUCAAAGACCGCACUGACCACCCCAAAGCUUCUUGUAUGGUCAGCAGCAGAUGAGGAUGGGCUGAAGCGUCUAGCGACAAGCUAUCGAGAACAUUUCUCUAACAUCCAGCUAACUGACGAUCAGUUGGAGGGAUAUAUGAGGAACUUAGCUUAUACACUGACUGCUAAGAGGAGUUCCUUGUCCUGGAAGGCUUUUGGGAUUGUCGAUUCCAUUGAGAGCCUGAAAAAAGCAUCGCUUUCUAAGGCGAUCCGCUACAGUACAAAGCCGGAUCUGGGUUUCAUCUUUACAGGUCAAGGAGCACAAUGGUAUGGCAUGGGCCGAGAGCUGGUUGCGUUUCCCGCCUUCGAGGACAGUCUUCUGGACGCAGAAAGCUUUUUCCGUCAGUUGGGAUGCUCAUGGUCUCUGACAGAAGAGCUUUUCGCGGACAAAGGGUCUUCCAGAGUCAAUGACCCCGAGUUCAGCCAGCCGUUGUGCACUGCUAUUCAAGUGGCUGCCGUCGAUCUUCUCCAUAGUUUCGGAAUCUCUCCUGCCGCCGUGGUGGGCCACAGCUCGGGAGAAAUCGCUGCUGCGUAUUCUAUUGGGGCUAUUUCGUCUAAGUCAGCAUGGAAACUGGCAUACUAUCGAGGCAAACUUGCAGCCAAGUUAGCGAAGACUAGGCAAGUCGCCGGAGGUAUGAUAUCCGUGGGCCUCUCCGUGAGCCAGAUCGAGCCAUACUUUGAUGUCCUAGCUUCUCAAUUCACUAAACCACAAGUUGUGAUUGCUUGCAUCAACAGCCCUAUUAACGUCACUGUUAGUGGAGAUGCAGAGCAGAUCGAUGCACUCGAACUGCUUCUCCAAAAAGAUCAGGUCUUUGCACGGAAGCUCAAAGUCAACGUGGCAUACCAUUCCCCACAUAUGAAUGAUAUCGCCUCAGAAUAUCUACAGGCUGUCAGAGAGCUUCAGAAAGGUCAGGGACCGCUUGGGGCUCCUGCCAGAGUCAUGGUGUCCUCUGUCACUGGCCAACGGAUCACGCCGGAGGAGCUAUGCAAGGCUGAAUACUGGGUCAGGAAUAUGGUUUCCCCGGUGCAGUUCACAGAGGCAUUGAGCUUCCUCUGUUCACAAUCGGGAAAGACUAAGACGAAGAAGAUUGGGGGUGGACAUCGGAACGCGGUCAAUGUGACACGCCUGAUGGAAGUGGGACCGCAUUCCGCGCUGCAAGGACCAACGAGAGAUAUUUUGAAGUCUAUCGGGAAGACCGGAGAUAUUGCCUAUAACUCUUUACUGGUGCGGAACGUUCCAGCCACAAGCACCGUCCUGGAGGCCGUGGGGCAUCUGUAUUGCGCCGGCUACCCUGUCAGCUUGAACGAGGUGAACCAGCUCGGGAAAAACACCUCGAACUUGGUCACUCUGUCAGAUUUGCCACCAUACCCGUUUAACCAUUCUCAAGCAUACUGGCACGAGAGUCGCUUCAGUAAAGCUCACAGGCUUAGGAAGCAUCCUCGACUGGACUUACUGGGUGCCCCUGUGCAAGACUGGAACCCGCGCGAGGCGAGAUGGCGGAACGUGAUACGGGCUAGCGAAAUUCCAUGGGUUGAGGAUCACAAGAUUAACGGAACCACGCUUUAUCCCGCAGCUGGGAUGUUGGCAAUGGCCAUCGAGGGUGCCAACCAGAUUGCAGACAAGCCAGAGAAUAUUGCCGCAUUCAAACUCCGGGACGUUUCGUUUCAGAGGGCCUUGGCUAUACCUGCCGGUCCAGAGGGCAUCGAGACAAUGUUCUACCUCCGGUCUGUUCAAGAGAGUUCUGACAAGGAUCCAUCGUGGUCAGAGUUCCGCCUAUUUACGGUUAAGGACGAUGAUUGGGUUGAACAUUGCCGUGGCGCUAUCCAGAUCGAGUAUCAAAGCGAGGCCCAGAAUGCCGUGGACAAUGGAAAGGAAGCAAGGAGCAUCGACUUCGCACUGAGGAAAACGUAUAUGGACAGCGUCGCUACUUCAAUGCACGCUGACUCGGAUUACAUGUACAGUUCCUUGGAUCGCCAUGGUCUGAGUUACGGCCCAUCAUUCCGGUCAUUGAACCAGAUCACCUACGAUGGUAAAGGAGGCGCUACCUCCAAUGUUGCUCUUUUCCGGGGCUCUCAGGAUACUAAACAUCCAACCCAGCCCCAUGUAAUCCAUCCCACAACCUUGGAUGGCGUUCUGCAACUGGGAAUUGUGGCCAUGAUGAACGGUGGAAAAACACCAAUCCCGAGCAUGGUUCCGACGCGUAUCAACAAACUCUGGCUGUCAAAGGAUGGCUUGAGCUAUCUCGAGUCAGAUUCCGUUGUUAAAGCUCAUGCAAAGUCACAGUGGGAAGGCCGCCGAGGGCUGACGUCUUCCCUCUUUGUGCUUGGAGCGAACAACUGCCGUCGUAUGUUUAUCGAUGGGUUCGAAGCAACGGCUAUUGCCAACCAGGGCGAGGAAAGCUCACCAAGUCAAAGGCAGCGGCAAAGUUACUACUAUAUUGGUUUUGAACCUGACAUGGAGGUAAAUACUCCACUAGAGAUCCAGGGCUAUCUGGAGAAAAGGGGUAAAAGUUCUCCUGAAAAACUCAAGGGCUAUUUUGAUCUACUUGGUCACAAGAACCCUAGUUUAAAAGUGCUCGAGAUAGGCGGAGAAACAUGUGAUAUGACAGAGCUUGCCCUUAGUUCCUUUGCACCUCGUGACGAGGUUGAGCCGUGCAUCCCUAGAUAUGCACAAUAUGACUUCAUCAGCAGCACUGAAUCACUUCUAGAAGCAGUGCGAGACAGGCUCAAGGACCAGAAGGGGCACAUAGGGUUGAAGGCCCUAGAUAUCCAGAAAAAUGUGCGGGACCAGGGAUUGGAAUUAGGAGUAUACGACCUGAUUAUCGCAUCAGAGCAGGGCAUUACUCCUCUUCCUGAUUCCAAUCCAGCGAUACAAAACAUGCGAAGUCUUCUUAAACCGGAGGGCAAACUGGUACUCUAUCGAGGAUCCCCACAGGAGGCAAAACCUUUGCCUGCCGGCGAUUGGCACAAUAUUCUUUUGGAAAAUGGAUUUAGUGGGGUUGACAUCGAUCUACAGGAUAAUAUUAUUUCUACUGCCUUGACAGCUGAGCCAUCAGAUAAGCGCCCUAUCCGCAACGUUGUAGUUGUUGCUGAGGACAACUCGGCGGUUCAACAGGAUAUUGCCAAUCGCCUGAAUGAUAUACUGCAGAAGUCAAGUCUGGUACGGUACGAACAAUAUGAGGUUGUUUCCCUCUCAAAGGCCGCCUCCAUGGAACGUUCCGAUGAGAACGUCUACAUCGUCCUCCUCGAAUUGGAAUAUCCAGUCCUAAACGCCAUGAGGGAAGGAAUUUAUACAACCAUACAGAAGCUUACCGGUUCUGCAAAGCAUAUCGUCUGGGCCACUCGCACAGUAGAGCAGUCACCAGACUUUGGAGUAGUGCAAGGUCUUUCUCGUGUCCUUCGCACCGAGCACUAUCCGCUCAAAUUCGUUACACUAGCUCUUGAAGGCCACAAUCCCGCAUCGCAGGCGGAGAAUAUUGCUCGUGUGCUUACCUCGACCACUUGCAACACGGCCGACACAUACGAACCGGAAUAUGUCGAGCGGGACGGAAUGCUCCACGUGAAUCGAUUGGUAGAAGCCAACAAGCUGGGACGAAAGAUUACUGCCAAGGAGACAUCUCAUCAUGUUAAAGUUCAAACCAUUAGCCAAGCACCACCCUUGAAGCUUCAUGUUGCCUCUCCAGGACUACUUGAUAGCCUUCACUUCCUCGAAGACGACAGUCAUGAGCUGCCACUCGCUCCGGAUGAAGUGGAAGUUGAGGUGAAAGCAGUUGGCAUCAACUUUAAGGACUGUUUAGUUGCCCUAGGACGUGUUGACCAAGCUACCAUCGGGCUGGAGUGCGCUGGUAUUGUGCGCCGCGCCCCGAGAGACUCCCAUUUAAAGAUAGGAGACCGCGUCGCCGCCUGUAAAACCGGAAGUUUCCAGACCUACGUGCGCUCUCAGCAGGAAGGAGUUGUGAAGAUACCGGAUACUCUGUCAUUUGCUGAAGCAGCGGCGAUCCCGACAAACUUUGCGACUGCAUAUCACGCAUUGCACGAAGUCGCACGACUGCAGCAUGGAGAAUCCGUGCUUAUUCACUCGGGAGCUGGAGGAACUGGUCAAGCUGCUAUUCAGAUCGCCCAAUAUCUGGGUGCUGAAGUCUUCACCACUGUUAGUUCCGAAGAGAAGAAGCAGUUACUCAGUGAACUCUACGGCAUAGACGACGAUCACAUUUUCUACAGUCGCGAUAUCUCCUUUGCCGAUGGAGUCAAACGAAUGACCAACGACCGUGGCGUUGAUGUCGUACUGAACUCAUUAUCUGGCGAGGCACUGGUGGCUUCAUGGGAAAGCGUUGCACCUUAUGGAAGAUUUAUUGAAAUUGGAAUUAAGGACAUUCUCGCGCACAAUACACUCCCAAUGUACCAUUUUGCUCGGAACGUGAGUUUCAGUGCUGUCGACUUGGCCGCCAUCAUGGUGGAACGCCCGUAUCUCUUACAGCAGGCCUUAAAGGCUGUGAUGGAUCUAAUUGCCGAAGGCACCAUGCAUGCUUCUAAACCAUUGCACAUUUACCCUGCUUCUGAAGUGGAGCAAGCGUUCCGCUAUGUGCAAAGUGGAAAGAAUACUGGCAAAACUGUAGUGGAGUUGAACGGAGAAGAUCAGAUAUCGACCGUUCUGCAGACUCGACCAACAUGCCAGUUUGGCCCCAAUGAAACAUACGUGAUAGCAGGUGGUCUUGGUGGCCUUGGUCAAAACGUUACUCGGUGGAUGGCGAGCCGUGGAGCUAAAAAUCUCAUUUUGCUCUCCCGACGCGGCGCUCAGAGUGAAGAUGCUAAGGAUCUAGUUCGACAGCUCAAAGAGCUCAAGAUCCAAGUGGCCACUCCGGCAUGUGAUAUUACCGACAUUGAUGUGUUGAGUGAAGUCAUCGCCCGCUGCCGUCGAACGAUGCCCCCGAUUAAGGGCUGUGUUCAGGGAACAAUGGUUAUCCACGACAGUAUGUUUGCGGAAAUGUCUCACUUCGAGUGGAGAGAUGGCUUGGACUCCAAAGUGAUCGGCACGUGGAACCUGCACGCCGUCCUCCCUAAUGAUCUGGACUUCUUCAUCAUGAUGUCCUCUAUUUCCGGCAUCGGUGGAUUCGGUACCUUGGCAAAUUACGCCGCUGGUAACACAUACCUGGAUUCCAUCGCGCAGUACCGUGUUGCACGAGGUCAAAGGGCGACGUCUAUCGAUCUGGGUUUAUUUGAGGAUGCAGGGUACAUAGCCAAUGACGAGGCACUUGUCGAAAGGUGGAAAGGGGUUGGAUACUACAUUAAGAUGAAGCCAGAAGACCUUUUCCCUCUCCUGGAUUACUUUUGUUCUUCAUCUUUGCUGACGCCAUUGGAGUGUCAGCCACUUGUUGGCCUCAAUAAUCCAGCUACCAUACGUGCGGCGGAUAGGGAGGAACCCAAUUGGAUGCGCCAGCCGCUAUUCCGGCUCUUGUAUCAGCUUCCAAGUGCGAGCACCGAUACAGGUGCCACAGCUGGCUCCAAGGGCGAGGCCUCAUAUACCGGCCAAUUUAUCGCAGCAGCCUCGAAAGCGGAAGCCGGUGAUAUUGUUGCGGAGGCCCUCAUUAAGAAAGUCGCGAAGACGCUCGGUAUCCCAGAGGGAGAUAUGGAAGCAGAUCGGGGCAUGCAUCAUUAUGGCAUGGACUCACUGGUGGCUGUUGAGAUCCGAAGCUGGAUCUCCAGAGAUUUCGGCGCUGAUAUCGCGAUCUUCGAUAUCCUGGGGGGGGCGACAUUCUCUUCCACUGGUAUCUUGGUAUCUGAGAAGAGUACGCUGCGUCAGUCGAAAUAG